GCCAAGUUCGUCGGCUUUGUUGCGCAAAUUCAACUCGCAAGCGUUACCGCGGAUCCAUAAGCCUAGGUCUUUUGCGAAACGUCUUUUCUCUUCAAGUGCUUUCAGCGCCGUUUAGGGCUGUACCGCUCCAUCAGCAUCUUAUAAUAGAUACUUUUAACGCGUUGUGUUUCGGCAGUGGCAGCUUCCUCUGGGUCUCCGCUAGCCUAGCAAUGAGGUAGUGGACGAAGUACUAGACCUCGUAGGCGAGGAUCACCUAUCAGGUUAUGGGCAUACUCUAGUUGCAAGGAUGCCUGCGGUUGGCCGUGGCACAAAGCCAAAGUCGCUUCUGGAGCAUCUGAGCGAGCAGGCUCCUAAGCGACCCGUCAAUGACAUAGUCUCUAUCAAUCGUUACCUCCUAUCGGCACGCCUCCUACUGAACCAGGCUUCAGCGUACCGGUCGGUGGGAAAUGAAGAGCAGCUGUACGUUGUGCUGCUGCGGUUUGCCAGCCUUGUCUUGGAGACCAUUCCCAAGCACAACGACUUCCGUGGCAGCAACCCCGAGUAUGUGGCGCUGAAGCAGGGGCUGUCAGACCGGCAUUUUCCCGAGCUAGAGCGCCUCAAGGCCUCCCUCCAGCUCAAGGGCCGCCCGGAGCCGCCCACCGCCCACUCCCGUAACCGCCCAGCGGAUGCCGUACGGCUCAGCGUAUCCAACCUGCCGCAGCUGGACUGGGCAUCCUCCGGAGCACCAGCUGUAACGGCUACAGCAGCAGCUGCAGGAGCUCCUGCGAGCGCUGUUGGGUUUGACGGGGGGCCCGGAGUGCAGCCCGCGCCGGCGGUGCCUCAGGUGGAUGACCUGCUUGAGUUGAUGCAGGGAGGUCGGGCGGCGGGGCCCUCCGCACCAGCAGCGGUGCAGCAGCCUGGGCAAAGCAGCGGUGGCAGUCGGGCUGGACCCAUGGGUCCGUCGGACCCGUAUGCGCUGGCAGCGCAGGCGGCUGCGUCACUGGCGGGGACAGCAGCCGCAACUGCUGGCUUGGACAUUCCGCAGCCCAAGUACUCUCAUAGCUAUGGCUCGUCAAGCGGGCGGCAUGCCCUGUUUGCCCCGUCGACUUCGUUUUCUGGGAGAUCCGCCGCUGCUGCUGCUGCACCCGCAGUUGCUGGGAUGCCUUUGGCGGAGCUGCAGCCGCCCUCGCAGUCUGCAGGCCAGAGUUUGGCAGUGGCACUGCCGCGAUAUCCCUCGCUAGAAAGGGGCAGUCAAGCCUCUGCUCCAUUGGUUACGUCGGCUGCUGCGGAGCUAACGCAGCUGCGGUUGGGGUCGUAUCCGGGGGAGCAGCCGCAACAGCUGCUUGUGCAUCCCAGCGCGGGGCCGUCGUUGGGGCCGCAGGAGGUGUCGGUGUUCACCAUCCCAGCCUCCACGGUUGGGCUGCCGGACACAUGCAGCAUCCCGCACGGCCAGCCGCCGCCGCCGCCCCCGCCUCCCCAGUCCCCGCCACCACCCGCCUCAGCCCCGCCUGCUCCCAGCGGUGGCCCCAAGGAGCUGGCCAAGCGAGCUCAGUUGCGCGACGUACACAUUAGCGUGUCGCUCAUGGAGGAGUUCCUACACUACGCACGGUCCAACACCUCGCGAGGCAUUGAGUCGUGCGGAAUCCUGGCAGGCAAGCUUUUGGCGGGUGACAGCACCUUUGCCAUCACCACACUCAUUAUUCCCAAGCAGCAAGGCACCACAGACACGGUCCAAGCGCUGAAUGAGGAGGAAAUCUUUGAGGCGCAGUUCCAACGGGAGCUUUACCCCAUGGGAUGGAUCCACACGCACCCCACGCAGACGUGCUUCCUGUCGUCCGUGGAUGUGCACACGCAGUGCGGCUACCAGACGAUGCUGGAUGAGGCCAUGGCGAUUGUGAUGGCACCCACGGACCCGUCGAAGCGCUGCGGGAUCUUCCGGCUGAGCACGCCCGGCGGGCUGGGCCUGGUGCAGAAGUGCCCGCACCGGGGGUUCCACACACACCCGCCCACUGACACGGGCCAAGAGCUGUACGAGCUGUGCGGGCAUGUGUACAUUAAUGAGCGCACCCGACAUGAGGUCCUGGACUUGCGCUGAGGUGGUUGGCGCGGUAGAGGGUUGGAAUGUAAGACCUGUCGAGUGAUGUAAGGCAUGCAGGGUGUGUUGGUAAGAUACCGUUAAGGGUUGGGGCAUUGUUGAGACGUAAAUAGAGAGCGAGUGAGUACUUACCGGUACCAGCAGGUUGCGGCAAUCAAUAAGCGCAUCUAGUCGAUAACGCUGGAUUUCUUAGUUGUAGACCAUACCAUGCAGGUGCUUGGUUAGGAUAGGGC